GGACGCUCCUCCCGCCGGGCUCCCCCGCGGCGGCGAGCUCCUUUCUCCCCUCCGCACGAUCGAUCGCCAGCUCAGCCCCGCCGGGGGCAGCUCCCGGAGGACCCUGCGGCGGCCUGCAAGCCCUGCCGCCGCCAUGGCCGAGGGGGAGAUCACCACCUUCGCCGCCCUGACCGAAAAGUUCGACCUGCCCCCGGGGAACUACAAGAAGCCCAAGCUGCUGUACUGCAGCAACGGCGGCCACUUCCUGCGGCUGCGCCCCGACGGCCAGGUGGACGGCACCAGGGACCGCGGCGACCAGCACAUUCGGCUGCAGCUGAGCGCGGCGAGCGUGGGCGAGGUGUACAUCAAGAGCACCAAGUCGGGGCGGUACCUGGCCAUGGACGCCCAGGGCCUUUUGUACGGGUCGCAGCUGCCCGGCGACGAGUGCCUCUUCCUCGAGCGCCUGGAGGAGAACCACUACAACACCUACGUCUCCAAGAAGCACGCCGACAAGCGCUGGUUCGUCGGCCUGAAGAAGGACGGGAGCAGCAAAGCGGGGCCGCGCACGCACGGCGGCCAGAAGGCCAUCCUCUUCCUGCCGCUGCCCGCCGAGUAG